AUGGAUUCUUACAUGCUUCCAGCAACCGUCUACAACCCAAACUGUCCAGUCACUACCUACAUUGCAUCUCCGCUGGCCCGGAGAGACACCCUAAACACCAUCAUCGAAGAUGAGCCCCAGAUUGACAUGGAGUACUUCCCGGUGCCACCACUCCCAAUGAGGGCGACCAUGCUGUCUCCCACAUACAGCGAAGAUUUCCCCACCCCUAGAGCGCAGGAUAGCCUACUAGCAUUGUACGAGCACACUCCGGUAUCGCCAGCGUCAGAUAUGUCUGAGUCGGCGCCAUGGAGAAAGAGCAGGGAAGACCCCGAGUUUGACGACCUCUACGACGUUACGGACAGCGAGACUGAGGACGUUCCUCUGACAUGCUCGAACUCGGUCAAGAAGAUUUCGGCCCACAGCAGCCAAGCAUCCAGCGCCCGUACAAGCAGGAGCCGGUACCCGUCCCUCGUCAUCCCGUCUCCGUCGGCUUGGCCAACGAUCGAGAAGCUGAAGACAAGCGCUUUCUCGCCAAUGCAACCUACACCAAUCAUGCAGGUUGCGCCAAAGCGUGAAUUUCUGUCCAUGCUUGCAGCUCGAAAUCUGCAAGUGCCGGCUAGGAGCGCUACACCCUCUCUUGAUGGGAGCAUGACCUCAGACGAGCUGGACAAGCUUAGUUGCCCGUCGACUCCUGACAUUGAGCGCCAGGCGGAAAAGCAAGGCGAUUGGGCAGGUCCCGUGCAGCUUCAUCCUGAUGCCAUGGAGACGUUGCAUCACCUAUCUAUGGAGGAUCCCCAUGAACAGGCCGUCAAUCAGAUCCUCGAGGCUUCCGACGCUGAGAUGCAACAGCUGUCGGGGGGUCACCCACACAACAGCAUCGACAUUCUUGUUACCCCUGUUGACGAGGAUGACGACGACUGCGUGUCGGCUCUCUCUGUACCUUCGCCUGGUGGCUUCUUCUCUUCCCUACGGAAUUCUGCACGGAAGACCUGGUGGAGAAGGCCUGGUGAAGACAGCCUUCCAACGACCAGCAUCGCAGAGAAUUUCUACGGCGUGCCCUGGGAGACUCGACCAGACAACCCGGUCGAGCACAUCGUGGAGGUUGCGCCGCCAGUCUCGGAGGUUCUCUCUGAAGACCCGGCAACCGCCCGUCAGCUGUUCUCACCUGAGGUUGCGGAAGUUAUGGAGAUCAAGCCGAGCGAGACCAAGUAUGAGUACAACGAGAACUACCAUCAGGAGCUCGAAAAGAUGGCUUCCCUCAACAUCGAUCGAACAGGGCUUUGGCUGUCAGCGCAGGAGACCUAUUCCGCUUCGCCCCAAGAAACCGAGACGAUGUCUAUCGGCAGCGUGAUGAGCCCGAUUACGAAGACUCACAGCCGCGAAAGCUCGCUCGAGCAGUCAAUCCGCUCACCGUUCAAGAAAUCGGUACGCUUCGCUGAAGAUGGGGUUAAGUCACCCUCAGUCGCAUCGAACGAGCCAAUCUCACCCAAGGAGUCGACCUUCCUUGAGGGCUUCCAGUACAUGCGUGAGCGCUCGCACAAGUCUGAUGCGUUUGUCCACCGCCAAACACGUGCCGAGGCGGUCCACAUCCAGCGACGCUGCAUGCCCCAAGCUCACCGAGACCAGCUUCUGGGACGGUACGAACUUAACAACCCGCUCCAGGCGGCCCGUCGGCCCAUCUCGCAUUGGUUUCCUGAGGAAGCUAGCGAAGAGAAGGAGCUGGUCGCAAAAGUCCAGAAGGAGCGUCAAGCUCUAGAGCUAAUGGCGCCCGCGCACUGGACUCUCGAAGCGGCAAAAUUCCUGAACGGCGGCCGUCUCCUUUGCAAAGCCGCCCACCAGCAAAUCUCCCGCAACCGCACAGGCAGCGCCCGGAUCCUCGAUCUCGGCGGCCAAGCCUCCUGCGACUGGGCCUGGCAAACCGCGCUCGACUACUCCAACGCCUCCGUCAUCACCGCCUCAACCACCUUCCAACCCACGGACAUCUUCAUCAAGAGCCCCGAGAACCACCGGCAGGUGACCGUGCCGAACCUCUGGACGCUUCCCUUCCCGAAAAACCACUUCGACGUCAUCUCCGCGCGGUCUCUGCACACCUUCCUCAAGAUCCGCAAGCCGGCCGGCAAGGGCCAGGACGAGUACGAUCUGUGUCUCCAGGAGUGCCUGCGCUGCCUUAAGCCGGGUGGGUUCCUGGAGUUCGAGAUGCUGGAUGCGGAUAUCUUGCAUGCGGGCACCCAGGCCUCGGCCAUGUCGGUCGAGUUUGGGUUCAAUCUUAAGACGAGGGGGUAUGACCCCGCGCCGACGAAGUCGUUUGUUUCGAGGCUGAGCAAGGCGGGAUUUGGGGGUGUUAAGCGCGCGUGGAUGGUUCUGCCCAUGGCGAGCACGGGCGCGAAGUGGACGGAUAAGGUGGAUGCGAGGGUUGAGAAGAGCAUUGGUGCUGAUGGUGAGGUGGAGGAGGUUAGCAUGGGCACUUCGAAGGAUGCGGCUGCUAUGGCUGGCUUGGUGGGAAGUUGGGCGUGGGAGAAGUGGUUGUUGAAGCUGCAGAUGGAGAUGGGGAAGGAGGAGGAGAGGCUGCUGGAGGGCGUUGCGGCGGCGUUGGAGGAGGGCGCGAAGCAGGGGAGUGCGUGGAGGUGCUUGAGUGGGUGGGCGAGGAAGGGGAUGUGA